AUGAUGAACCCAGGACAUUGGGAUAGAGCCCCAUUGGGCUAUUCAACGGUGGAAACUCUGCUAGACGACGUGUCCAAACAGAUGUCAAUGUCGAACCUCACACGACUUGCAAGGGGGUCGAAUGGGCAAAGAACAAGUUCAACGGCGGGUUCUAUGAGGGUUGCGAAACCAAACAGUACCAGCAACAGCCCCCGAGGGUCGAUAGGGUUGGGAAGACGGAGAACAGUGAUGGCUGAUUACCCAUAUCGACGGAGGGUGACCCCAAUGGACCAGAAUGUGGCGGCAUCUACAUCUACUGGAUUUGUCUCGAAUGAUGGUCUUCAAGUUCCCUCGACAUCGAAUCGGCCAGUGAGCUGGCAUCCUUCUUCCUAUCAAACUCAACAACACUAUCAGCCCUCCUAUCCGACAGCCUUCGAAUACAACAAUCAAGCACAAUUCAUGAACAUCCCUCCGACUUCAGCUGUAUAUUCUGCAUACACAUCGCCUUCAUCAACUUUCUCCCCACUAUCUGCUCCAUAUACUGGCUACGACCAACAACAAACACAACAACAAUACAACUUCCAGCAGACUUCCGUGCCUUCUCAUUCGACCUCAAGUUACGCAUUCUCGCAACCCGACAUGAUGGAACAACACAUGCAAAACUACAGCGCAGUUCCCGCGCAGGAUGUAGACCAAACAAUGUACUCACACUUCGAUUGGAGCAAUUUUGCUACAAACGGUUUCGAAGGCUCCACCGCGCCACCCACACCUGAUGAUCUUCUUCCAAUCCAAAUUGCUCAGCCCAACUUCACCGCUGAAGAGUCGAUACCAUAUCAGUCUCUUUCAGACCUUGAGGACACGAGUGAUGAUUUGAUUGGAUUAGGACUAUAUGACACUCCUGAGGCCGCAAAGUCACCCCCACAAGACCCUCAACUAGACAACUAUCGGACCGCAAUGAUGUCUCAACUUGGUUCCGCAUACCGACGGCCUGAGUCUGCUGGAAAGGGGCUGAAGCUUGAGGAAACUUGGGAACCUCCUAGUGAGGACGAGAAGGAUGAAGACGACGAGACAGACGAUGAGCAAGAUGGAGAGGCAGAAGAUGAUGAUGAGGUCAAAGAGAACAAUACGGUUUCAUAUCCGAUACAAGGAGCCCAGCAGUUUGGCCACAGCGGAUGGCUAUAG